AAAUGCUCGGUAGGGUGAAGUCCGGGGGUGAAGUUGUAAACUGCAGCUUAGUUGUGAGUGUCAUCGAUCACAAGUGCAAUCGACAGGCUGUGAGAAUACAUUUUAACAAUUUAAAGCUCAUCAAAGCCGGAAAAAUGUUUACAGAGUUAGGAAUUUCCCUUUUGUGCUAUGCAUCGACAUUUGUACUAUGCCACGUCCUCCGUUUCUUCCUCCGCCGACUUCUCCCGAGGGCUUCCUAUCCGUACGCCGCAGAAUUCGUCGACACUUUUCAUAUGAUUUGCUGCCUUUACGAAAAUGGGAUGGUGCUAAAACUAGGACUCCUGCCUUUUGCCGUGUGCCUUUUCACCUUAUCAAUCGUUUAUGCGUUUUUAUUUGAGGGCUUUGCAAAUCCAGCAGUUGUUCUCGAUUAUGUUUUAAGAAGGAAAGUGAGCUUUUUGACAGGUGUUUUUCGUGUGAUGUUGGAAUUGAUUGCUGCAAUUGUUGCCUAUCGCUACACGACAUUCGUGUGGAAGACUUUUGCUCCAUCUUCCAGGCAUUACCAGGCAGCGACAGUAGAGAUGCUAGCGGAAAAUUGCAGUACUGGAUUAAAUGUUUCACCACUGCUCGGUUUUGCUUUUGAGAUGACUUCUGUUGCGUUCUUGAAGCUCGUCGCAGGAUACUUCCACGGAGGCAGGAGGUUCUGGAGGAUCAUCAAUGGCGUCAUUUCGGUUGCGAUCAUUCUAUUUGGUUUGGAAUACACUGGAGCUCCCAUGAACCCCAUUCUCGGGUUUGCAUCAGGGUGGGGUUGCAAGGAUCAUUGGGUCCCCUCCCACCUCUUUGUCUUCUGGUUGGGCCCCUUCCUGGGCAUCAGCAUCGGUGACUGGGUCAUUGACAACCUGAUGGAUGCCGACGGCAAGAGGACGAUGACGACAUCGGCAGCGAAGUCCAGAGAGCGGAAUGGAGUAGUACUAGAGCAGAAUGGAAAUCAUGAGAAAAUUCAUUGAAGGUUUUAUAUGCCCUGUAUGUCACUACCCAAUCGUGCCUCUUUUUAUUCCCUCCUUUUUAUCUUUAUCUCCUCUAUGGCUCUAUCUGUUUUGCUUGAGAGAUUGUCUAAACGUUGUGCUGUUUCUCAUAAUAAGUGUUGUGGUCUGGGAUGCACAAAUUAUAAAUUAGAUUAAAAUACAUAGUAGCCACCAGGGAUGUAGUGGAGGCCUUCCGUGAGGCCAAAUUUUGCCGGCCUCGGCCUUGGCCCGAGUCAGGGAUGCAAAGUCUAUCUAGCUGCCUUGACACCAUCACUGGCAGGUACAGGAGACACUCAAGUUUAUAUGUAGAGACCAAUGCCUGUAUCCUGAACUCUGGUUUGAAUCAAAACUGGUCUGAAGUUGUUGUUUCAUUAUGGGUAGCCAAAAUAUAUCACAUGAAAUAAAUCUUCAAGCAUUUAUGAUUCAAAUUAUCAUCAGAAGUGGCUUUUUAACCAUUAAUGAUGGUCUGGGAACAAUAAUGGUCUUUUGCUAUUGAAGAAUGUUAGCAUAAAAUGGUCAACAGUUUAAAGGUUCAAUGUAGAGAUUGUUCGAACAUUUUUGGCUUCCCAUAAUUUUAUCACAGACUUUUCAAACUUCAAAAGUUUGGACUUAUUUUAAAAGAUACCAUCAGACUGAACCCCACUUUCAACAUAUCAUUGUGGAAUCACAUGCAUUUUAAUUUCCAGUCCAUAUCUUUUCUCUAUCCUCUAUUAUUCUUGAAAAGUUAAAAUAUGUGUGUUUUGGAAACAGAUAUUUUUUUUUAAAAGUUUUUAGGUUUUCUAUUAUCUGGGGCUUUUUUUAGACUGAUGUAGAAAUACUCUGUGA